AUGAGGUGCCAAGAGGAGGGCAAUGAGGUGCUGAGAGAUGAGGAGGGACGAGGUGGCAGUUUCCACAUCUGUAACCACACUUUAGGGCUUGGAGUGCAGAUGCUCGUAGUGCUGCCGCAGUCCGGUCCAGAACCAUGGUUCGAACCGGACUUUUGGUCCGGUUCUCCGCGGUUCGGUCCAUGGUUCUUGCACCAGCUAGAACCAGACUGGAAAACGGUUCUCGGUUCUAGCUCUUCCCAAACGGUCCAGUUCUGGUUCAGCCUUCCCGAACCAUUCCGAACCCUUAUCGACUUCGACUUCGACAACAUCUGCCUCGACAUCAGACUGUCAUCUUCGGGAUUCACGUUGUUGAUUAAUCAAGCUACAUUUAGCCUUUUCGAAGACUACCUUUUACUGGAGGUGGAUAUAUUAGGCGCGAUCAAGGUGGAUUUUGGAGGGAUUGUGUCUUGCACUAUGCUGCAGAGCACCAAAAGAUCAGCGGCUACAGAGGCAGAGAGGGUUCGAGUUCGGACCAGAAAAAAACCGAACUGGACCACAGAGAACCGUUCUCUGUGGUCCAGUUCGGGGUUCGAAGAUUUUGCAGAACCAGACCAUGGUCCGGUUCUCGGUUCUCGUCCAGGACCCUCUGAACCAGACCAAACCGGACCACGGCAGCACUAG